AUGCUCCAGAAUCCCAAUCCGCCGGAAACUGAUCGUCGGCGUUUAAAUGUGUUCUUGAAGCCAUCUGCUCUAUCUCGGAUCAAUUGCUUCCGGAAUGAAGAUUCUGAAAGUGAUGAGGUGGCAGCAUCUAAGGGGAAGCCGGAGGGGCAUGAAGGUAAGGUCGCCGGGGAUGCCAUUUUGCCGAGGAAAAGUGAUUUUGGUACGGGGCGCCCAUUUCUGGCAACUCUGGUGAUUCUUCUGGGAGUAGCUCUGGCACUCACACUGUUAGCCAUUGGGUCAAGGCAGCCUAGUACUCAACAAGGAUCUUUUCUUGGGAUUCAAUGUCUUGCUGACAGUUCUUCUUCUUCGGCUGCAAUCACUGGUGGCUUUUCCUUCAAAGCUUUCGGAUACAGAAUCAUACUUCCUGAAUAUGCUCCCGGAUGGGUCUACUUUUGGCUGCUGAUGGCUGCUGGGUUUGGACUUUUCAUCAGUGAAGAGGCAUUAAAUAUAUGGGUUGGCAUCACUUUAUCUCGAAUGCUUACGUUGGAUGGGUCAUGGCAAUCUUUUGUGGAUUCAUUCUCUAGGAAUGCUACCUACAUAAUUUCCACUGUAAUGUGGGUUUACUGGGGAGUUUGUAUCAGUGAUAUGGUACCAUUUUAUCUUGGUAAGCUGUUUAGGCAAUCUGGGGCAUCGGAUGAUGUUUGUUCAAAGUUAGGAAUUGGCCAAGAGAAAGCAAUGAGCAUCACAAGGAUAGUCCAAAGAUAUGGAAAUCUAGUUGGAUUUGUGGAGCGUUUUUCUCUUGGUGUGAGAAACCCUACAGCUUUUCUGGCUGGAGCAAUGGAUAUAUCACCUGAGUAUUUCUUUGCUGGUGUCUGUUGUGGGGGUCUUGUCACUCUGCCGAUUCAGUUGGGGAUUGGUUUCUUAAUGAGAGAGCGCCCAGUUUUUGCCCUAGCUACCGUAGCCACUGUAGUGGGUGCCUGGACUGUGCUUCCAUAUGCUGCCGCUGCUUUGACAGCAUUCUUCCUGUAUCUGCGACGUAGAUACUCAUUUUAG